UCACGCGAGCGGAUGAAUGAAAAAGACUCUGAAGAGAUGGGGGUAGGGUCUUCUGAGCUACAGCCAAAUGAGGAACCCAGCCAAACUGAGACUCAAAACAGUGACACCAGAGCCAAGGAAGUGAAUGAAACAGCAGCCCAGGUGAAAGUGAAACCCCCGCAUAACUACGAAGUCCUGUUGAGAGAUGCGGAUUCCCCCGUCGACAGAUCUUCCAGGGACAAGCUUUAUGAUCAGCUCUGUUCUGGACUACUCUUAAACCAGAAGAGAAAGAAAUAUUGGGUUGACAAGAACUCCAACAACUGCUUUUUCUUGUAUGCAAGAAAUCUGACAAUCAGUUGGAUUGAAGACAAACGUUAUUGGCAGUGGAGAAGCAUUCAAGAAACCCGUGAUGAAGUCAUUGAUGUUGCUGAACUAUUAAAUGUAUGUUGGCUAGAAGUGCAUGGAAAGUUUCAGACUGCAAACCUCUCACCAGGAACUCUAUAUGAACUAGCAUUUGUCGUAAAGUUGAAAGAUCCAGCUUAUGGAUGGGAAGUUCCAGUUAAUGUCAGACUCACCCUACCAGAUGGAAACAAGCAAGAACAUAAAGAAAAUUUGAUGAAAAAGCCAAGAGGGGAUUGGAUUGAGAUCCCUGUUGGCGAGUUUGUACCAUCACCAGAAAAUACAGGAGAGAUAGAAUUCUCAAUCUAUGAAUAUGAGGGUGGGGAAUGGAAAAGAGGGCUUGUCAUCAAAGGCAUUACCAUUCGGCCGAAAUACUAGAGUUCUGAAAUGAUGGACAACAUAUUUCCAGCGUGUUCGGAUCUUAUUCUCUGCUUAUGAAUGUGAAAGCAGGAGAAAAGAUUACGUAUGUAAUGAAUAACCGGGAAAAGAGUAAUGGAAGAAAUGCUUAUCAUUUUGUAUGA